CUCUUCCGGAAGAAAAAAAGGUAAGCAGUGUAUUAGGUGUCCCUCCUUAUGAUGUAAUUAUACAUCACCUAAUCUUCAGAGAGUCUACGUAGCGCCUCCCCCUGUGAAGGCCACCUCGAAAGCUCAGACUGGUCAGUCGCCCUCAACAGUAGCUCAACCUGCGUCGCAGCCACAUUCGACCCCUCACCAUCAGCCUGAGGCACAGACAGCGACACAACAACCUACUCAAGAAGAAGACUAUGGUUGUUGAGGCAAUUUUUGCCUCGCGCUUUGGUGUAUCCCGCGCUGAACUCGUCUCGCUGUCUCUGCUUCUCAGCCUGCUGCCCCGUGAUGUAACUCUUCUCCAGCAGUCCAGGACUCGUGGACCUUCAACGGUCUAUCUUCUCUCCUCUCGAACAGGCCGCGGACCCAGGCUAAUUUCCAAUGCGGGUGACGUGAAGUGCCGCUACCUCUUCCAAUGCGCCCGGAGUUACAUCCAGGAAUCACAUUCGAAUUUCUGGAGAUCGGUCGAGAACUCUAUCGAGUUCGUGCUCACGCAUCCGAACGGUUGGGAAGGUCAAUAACAACAACAGGUAACAGGUUAGA